AUGCGGAUUCGCCUACAGCCUCCCAAGAGACCUCAAGGAAAGCGACCCCCAGGUAAGCUGAAUAUUGGCUUGUUGUCUUUUCCUGCUCACCAUCUCCACGUCGGCAACGAGCUAGCUCAUCGGCUAGACAAUCUUCCAGUCGCUGCCGCCGCCGCUGAAGAGAACGUCUCCGUGGAGCUCCGAUAGUGUCAACUGCGGGAAGCAGUCCAGUCGACGGCGCGGGCCGUCCUCGGUCGCGCACGCCGCCAACACCAGGACUGGUUUAAUGACAAGGACGCCACCAUCAACAACCUGCUCGCCGAGAAGAACCGCCCGCACAAAGCCUAUGUCGACCACCCCAUUAACGACAACAGAGCUGCGUACUGCCGUAGUCGUCGCCUUGUACAACAGCGGCUGCGCGAGAUGCAGGACACCUGGACGGCUCACAUGGUUGAGGAGAUCCAAGGGUAAGGCGUCCUCAACCGCCCCUUCAUAUCUGACGCCGCGAUCGUCCGUCUGUCUCAAAAGGAGACCAACGUCGAGCCCGACCUCCCGCCUUCUCUUCACGAAACCAUUAGGGCAAUGCAGCAGCUCCCCAGCAGGAAAUCGCCCGGACCGUACGCGACCCCUGCUGAGAUCUACAAGCACGGUGGCCCCCAAUCAUGGAUCACCUGACUGCGCUCUUCCAUGAGAUGUGGCGUCAAGGAAAAGUCCCAUAGGACUUCAAGGACGCCACAAUCGUGCACCUCUACAAACGGAAAGGAAACCGCCAGAUCUGCAACAACCACCGAGACAUCUUUUUGCUGAACAUCGACGGGAAGAUCUUCGCUCACAUUCUUCUCAACCGCCUAAGCAACCACCUGGAGCAGAGCCUCCUGCCGGGCAGUACCCUCUCCCGCAGCACCAAAAUCGACGACGAAGUAGCCCGCCGGAUUUCCAAGGCCAGUCAAGUUUUCGGUCGUUUUUGAAACGUAGUUUGGGAUUGUCAAGGUCUUCAGCUCAGCAAGAAACUGAAGAUGUACAAGGCUGCCAUCCUCCCGAAGCUGCUGUAUGGAGAAGAGACUUUACGGUGUACACGAAACAGGCACACCGACUCAACCACUCCCACCUCAGCUGUCUUCGCCGAAUCCUGAAGCCGAGGUGGCAGGACCGAAUCCCAUACACUGACGUACUGGAGCGGACGGGAAUUCUCAGCAUCUACGCCAUGCUGAGGCGACUGCAACUGCGUUAGAGCGGCUACGUCGUGCGGAUGGACAACGAGCGGCCACCCGAACGACUCUUCUAUGGAGACGUCGUCACGGGUUCUCGUCGAUGAGGAGGUCAAAUCGGGCGCUAUAAGGACACUCUAAAGACUUCCUUGGAACGUCUGAAGAUCAGCCCGGCCAACUGGGAAGACCUCGGCCGGUACCGACCGACCUGGAGAAAGAGAGUGAAGACGGGCGGAGCGAUCUAAGAGGCAAACUAGAAGUACGCAAAUCUCAGCUGCACUCACCUCGCAACGCCAACGCCCAACCGCCCCCAACAUGCCCACGGUGUCAGCGGACAUUCCAGGCGUGAAAUGGACUGGUUGGAUACCUGCGGACCAACUGCAGAACUUGGAUUGCACCAACCGUCGUCUCUCUGUCCACUUCUCUCUCGUCUCUCGCACCGUCAGCUAACUCUGACCGACCUCUCCAACCCCCACCUCCAUCCUCCUCCUCCUCCUCCUGCUCCUCCUCCUCCUCCACGGCCUCAACGUCUCCCGCUGUGGCGUAUUCUAUGCCUAUCAACACUAUACACGAUUCUGACACACCAACGAACACCAACAUCACCACCCCCACCACCGUCAACACCAAUGAUGAGAAUCUGGUCUAUACCCGUCCUCAUUGCGACCACACCACCUCACACAUCGGUCUGGUCGGCCGCUUACAAAUCCAUCGCACAGACACUGGCAAACCAGUUCCUGGAACACCAACCUACAUCCUCCGCAUUCGCCACCACUGCCCACACUGCCCUCGCACAUUCAUGCGCUGUAUAGGCCUAUUCGGCUACAUGCCUGUCCGUGAGAGCGGAAUUGACCGCGGACCUGACACUCCUAGCGCACUCACCAUGCCUAGCCCCGCCCACGCUCCGCAGACCAGCGCGCCCACCGCUGCCACCACCACCAUCACCACUGAAGCUGAUACUGACACCGCCGACUUCUCAUGUCCACACUGUCCCCGCACAUUCACCUCACGCAUUGGCCUGGUCGGUCACUUGCGAAUCCAUCGCAUAGAGACUGGCAAACCAAAGCCUGUAGCAUCAACCUACGCUCGCCGCAUCCGCCUCCACUGUCCACAUUGCACUUGCAAAUUUAUUCACCGCAUGGGUAUAUUAGGGCACAUGCGCGUCAACGGAAACCUGCGGUAG